AUGGAGAAGCAAUCCCGCCGGCCUCACGCGAAGGGGAAGGCACCCGUGCGUGGACCAGGUAGGCCCACCCGGGCAGGGCUGGCAUCCAGAUCCCGAUCGCGCCGAGGCCGCGGGCAGGAACCCGAGCGCACAACUCCUGAGGCGCUUAGUGAAGUGCCGCUCGUUUAUCGCGAUAUGCUGGCGGAAGCUGGUGCUGGUGCGACGGGGGCCUCGGGGCGGUCCGGGUCUUUGAGUCGUCCGGGUGAUGAUAGGCCGGUGAAGAGAAGGAGGGUUGGGGAAAAGAGGGCUGGAGGAGUUGAGGCGGCGAUAGGGAGAGAAAACGUGGAGGGAGGGGCAGUAGCAGCUGGCGCUAGCAAGCCCGUCCAGACUGUAUUUAACGCGGAUGCGUCGGAUGAUGAAUCGGAGAUGGAGUGGGAGGAUGUCGAGGUCACACUUUUCACACCUUCAUCUGGGUCUGCGUCUGGACCAGGGCAUGAUGGGACUACGGAACAACGGGGUGUGGAGCAACAACAAAAGGAAGCUGGGGUGGGGGAGUCAGAAGAGUCGCUGCAGAUUACGCUCGAAAGGCCGGCGGAGAAAGGGAAACAGCGCGCUUCUGCUGUGAGGCGGAAACCCGUCACUGGACAAGAGAAGAGGUGGCGCCUUGACAUUCAUAAGAUGCACAUUUUGUGUCUAUUAGUCCAUGUGCAACUGAGGAAUAUGUGGUGCAAUGACAAUGAAGUCCAGAAUGUACUGAAGCGGCUUCUCUCUAAGCAUACGACCAUGUGUCUGAACCCCAAGGAGACUUUACCACAGUUUACACGCUCGACAACAUUUGCAGAUGGUCUAAAGCAAGCCAGUGAAACGUUCCGGCGCCGAUUCAAAGCCACAGUCCCAGGCAUGAAGCGGCCCUAUUGGCUCGAGAACCCUAAUGAAUUGAGCGAUCCAACUGACCUAUUAGAUUCUGCAGAGAUACUAUCGUCUAGAGAAGACUUCCUCCACCAAGCCGUUGCCCUGCAAGGAUCGAGAGACCUUGGUGCGCAGCUCUUCUGUGCGCUGCUACGAGCUGUAGGCGUGGACGUGCGGCUGGUGUGCUCCCUGCAGGUGCUUCCGUUUACGGGCGUUGCUAAAGGGGUCAUGCCGCUGAAACCGGAGCGGGAAUAUAUCGUUCUCUCUGAAGAUGAUGGGUCGCCGUCUAGUAUUGAUGUUGGGCAAAGUUCACCGGCCACUGGUGGCACCGCAAAGGCGCGUGAUACACCAGCGCCGUCAAGGACGCGGCGUAUCGGACAACCCAGGUUUUCUUCAAGUCCGGCUCCGACUCCUAAGCCCAGGCCCUCAACUGCUUUACCACGAGCAUUUUCGGAGUCGCCCUUCCCUGUAUUCUGGGUCGAAGUAUUCAAUGAAGCGAUGCAGAAAUGGGUCCCUGUCGACCCAGUCGUGACAAAUACUGUGGGAAAACCUUCUAAAUUUGAACCCCCCGCCAGCGACCGUUACAACAAUAUGAGUUACGUCAUCGCUUUCGAAGACGACAUGUCCGCCCGUGACGUUACAAAACGCUACAUGAAAUCUUUCAAUUCCAAAACAAGGAAGCAGCGUGUCGAAUCCACCAAGGACGGCGAGGAAUGGUGGGCGCGGACGAUGGCCUUCUUUGAGAAGCCGUUCCCGGAUGAUAGGGACCAGGUAGAAAUCGGCGAAUUGACGGCGAAGGCUGCGGCGGAAAUGAUGCCGAGGAAUGUACAGGAUUUCAAGGACCAUCCUGUUUAUGCAUUGGAGAGACAUCUGCGGAGGAAUGAAGUAAUAUAUCCUAAGAGAGAGAUUGGGAAGGUCGGGCUGAGUAAAAUAUCUCCCAGCAAGAAAAAUCCGCCGCUGGAAUCUGUCUACCGACGCGGGGAUGUGCACCUCGUGAAAAGUGCGGAUGGGUGGUACCGAAAUGGUAGGGAAGUGAAGGUUGGCGAACAGCCUUUGAAAAGGGUUCGAGUUUUGCGGUCCACAGGAGGAGGUAUUGGUCAUCGCGAAGAGCUAUCAGAUUACGAAGAGGAUGCUCAAGAGAUUCCGAUGUAUUCCAUCCACCAAACGGAUCUGUACAAGCCGCCACCCGUCGUCGAGAAUCGUGUGACGAAGAAUGUCUACGGCAAUAUCGAUGUGUAUACGCCGAGCAUGGUUCCAGAAGGUGGCUUUCAUCUUAGGCACACAGAAGCGGCGGCCGCAGCGAGGGUUCUGGGCAUCGACUACGCCGAUGCGGUGACUGGGUUCCAGUUCAAAGGCAGACAUGGCACGGCCAUUGUGCAGGGCAUUGUUGCAUCUGUUGAGUAUCGCGAGGCUCUUUAUGCUGUUCUCGACGCGUUGGAUGAUGAGCGGGUUCAGGCUGAACACGAGAAACGGACGGCGGAGGCGUUGGCGAUGUGGAAGUUGCUCUUGCUGAAGUUGAGGGUUGCAGAGCGGGUUAGGAGUUACGCUUUCGAGGGGGAGGGGGAUGAAGAAGAUGAGGAUAAGGAGGAAGAAAUGGUUCCUGAUGAUGAUAGUAAUAUUGAAGGAGGUGGAGGUUUUAUUCGUGAAAGUGGCCAGGCAGACGUCGUGCCUCUUCAGAAGGGUUUCUCUGACUUUGAUAGCCCACUCAAGGCUGGUGGCUUCCUUCCUGAAGGGAUGAAGGGAGAGGAGAACCAUUCGACAUUGAGCGGGGGGUUUUUACAAUCUAGCGCCGUGCUGGAUGAACCAGGUCCUUCCAGACCUGCCACAGGUUUAGGAAGUACAUCUCUCCGAUCCAAAGGCAGAUCGCGAUAUAACCUAAUUGUGACCAAAGCUAAAAAUGAUACAUCAUCUACAAGCAACCAGCAACAACCCAUGCACAAUCAGCCUACUUCUGUGGAGCCAUCCGUUUCUCAACUUGAUAUCUCCCCCACUGCAACGCCAUUGCGUACCCACAUUGCAUGGCAACCACAGGGCCAGCAAUCCCCUACCGCUCAACUGCAGCAGCAGGAACAACACCUCACCGCAACCGCAGCAGCAGGCUCACCCACAGCCCAUAUCGCGUUCUCCUCCGCUGGCAGUGACCAGUGCAGCGUCGAGGAGAUCUACAGGGUGCCAGACCUCGUGCAUGAAGGGGAGUCUGACAGUGAGAUUGACCAGAGCUCGAUGCUCUCGCAUGAUCCUGAGGAUGAGGAUGCGGAGCCGGAGUGGUUGCUUUCCGACUGA